AAUGUUGUAUUUUGAAUAGUACAUGUAGUUAUAUUCAUACAAAUAAAUUUACGAUGUUUAUCAAUCUUCUGUAUGCUUAACAUCUAUCAGCUUCCCUCUUAAUUCCUUUUAAUUUUCUCAAAAUGUGUUGUGACUCUCUAAUUACUCCUUUUUUGGUCUAUUCUUUUGUAUUUUAGCUUUAGAUUCUUAAUUUAUACUAAUUCAAUGGUUAUUCUUCUCCAAUACUCAUCUUUUAGUUCCUUGAUUCCAAAUACUUUUCUGGGUAUUUUUCACUUCCAUGUUUCAACUUUAUUCUCAAACUUUUCCAAUAUUUACAAAAGUACGAGGGUUGCUAUUCAAGUUUAAGAUAGAAAAAAAAUUAUAAUUGGCUUUAUUGGUUUUCAAAAUAUUCUUCAUUAAGAUCAAUACACUUUUCUUUGCGUUUGAAACAAUUGACGAAGCAUUUUUUAAUGUCAACUUCUUCUGGAAAGCCUUGUUACCAUUUUGUCAUUCUUAUUGUUAAUCUUAGUUAAACAAGACUUUUUUGAGUCUAUGUAUGACUGUCCGUUCUAAUAGUAACCUUUUAUUUAUUAUGUGGUUUCAAAUAAUUAAAACAGAAAAUAUUUUACCUCAAUUAUUAUUCUGAAAUUAAUAUAUGUAUAUAUAAUAUGAACCUAUCGUUUGUUACAGAUGGAAUUCAAAUGUAAACUCUUAAUAUUAGCAGUCAUUAUAGGAGUCAUGCAUCUCCGAAUGGUCUAUCCUCAAAUCAGAGAAAGUCAAAAAUAUUGUGGUGGUCAAAUAGGCAAGGCGCUAUCAACAAUAUGUAAAGGAAAUUACAACACCAUCAAAAGGAUAACCAAGAUUCCUCGACCAGUAUACAUAGACGACAUGUAUUCAGAUAUGCCAGCAGCCAGAGGAGAAAGUUUAGAAUUUCCUUUCCAAACGAAAGCAGAAGCAACUUCUUUACUAGGUAAACGGAGGAGAAAGCGAACAGGUGUAUACACAGAGUGUUGCGAGAAAUCUUGUACAAGAGAAGAACUAUCCUCAUAUUGUGCACAAGGAAAACGACGGAGAUAAUAAUAAUAAUAAUGAUAAAAAGCAAACCAAGUGAUUGUGAUACUAUCUUUAAAUUUAGUAUUAAGUUGUUGACUUAAUAUAAAAAUCUGGAUAUCGGUUGAGUGACCAAAUUGAAACGAAUCUUACAUUUUUUCUAUGAAAAAUAAUAUUUUCCACUUCCAGUGGAUAUGAGUUAGUUGAACUCGAGUGGAACAAGGGUGAGGCCAUGUUUAAUCUAAGUUAUAAUCUUUAAAAAAUGAUUUAACGAAAGGUAUGAUUUACAUUAACAGUCUCCAAUAGAAAAAAAAACUAUCUGUGAAAUAUAUUUUUUGAUUGUUCAAGUAAAACUCGUCAAGAUUUUUUUUUAUAUCUAACCAUUCAUUAUUGAUAAUUUCCACAUCUGAUAUUUCUAAUAAUGUAGAGAAAAUUAUAUAUUAUUGUUCCAAAACAUAAAAGUGUGCUUUAUAAAUGCGAUUUUUGAAUAUUUUAUACAUCUACUGAUAAUUUGGCCCAAAGAAAAUACUUGCUAAUUUCAUUCAAUAUUUAUCUGAGUCUACAUAUCAUUUUUCCAAUUUAGAUCACUAGAAAUUAAAUAUUUCAAUUCUAUUUACCUGAUAAUAAAAAAAGGGGUAUUUGUGUCCAAUUUACACAUAAAAUGUAACCUCAAACUGCGUAAACUGUUGUAGAUAUUUGUAUAUAAAAUAACUGAAGUUAUUGACACUACAUUUUGAUGUUCUCGCCCUUUUAUUCUUUCUUCAUUUACAUGAAUUGAGAAAUAGAUGUGUUAUUAUUACUACUCGACUAUUAAACAUUUAAUUUAUAAUUCAUAAAUAUUGUUUGCUAUUUGUUUACAUGUGUUACAAAUAAGGUAUGAAAAUGUUUGAGCUGGAUCAACAAAUCACAUAAAUUCUUACGUAACCACAGAUCACUUUUAUUCAGAUAGAACACGACAAUGUUAUUUGUUUUAACCAUAGACAAAGUGAUACUAUACUGGUCUUUCAAUAGAAUUCGUAUCUCUGUCAAGUGUUUCUUUUAAUAUCUUGUAUCGUACUCCUUCCGUCGUUACGAAUUGCUAUGUCUGUGGUUCUAACCAAAUUAACGUUGACUGGGGGGUGUAAACUUGAACUAUUAUUAUGACAUCCUUCAAAAAAUACUGGCAGGUUUAAAUUUGGCGCGUUAUUUGAAUUACUUGAAGGUAGUUCAUACUAAGAAUUAAUUUCGAGAACCAUUAUAUACUUUCGAAACUAAUCUAAUAAUCUUUCAAUUAUAAUAACAAUGUAAACAUAACGUGUGUGGUAAAAAAUAAACCUAUUUUUAAACAAAAUAUUACAUACACAAAUAGCUAAUUAAAUUGUUACAUAUUAAAUAAUUAGACCAAAUUUUAUUAAAUUUCAUCACUAGAACUUCAUAAUACAUCACUUGCAGUUAAUUUAGUAUUGUUUAUAGCCGGCAGUCAUCUAUCAAAAUAUUUUAAGUCCUUAUAAGGAUUUGGGACUAUAGGCUAUAGCGCCUCUUAAGCCCCCAGCUUAAUCCGGCCCUGCAUUUAUCUUAUUUAUUUUUAUUGAACAAUUGAAUUUAAAUAGUUUUGAUGAAUAAUAGGCGAAAGAUUUUUAUCAUUUGUAAGUAUUUAGUAUAGGAAUUAUUCGAAAAUUACGAAAUUAAUAAAUUACAACAUAAUAUAGUAAAAAUAUUCGUUAUUUAAGAGACCGCAUGUAAUGAUGUAACACUAUUUAUUAUCUGCUCAGAAUGUUAUAUAUUUCGAUAACAUAAGAAUCCUAAAAAUGUUUUCUUUAUCAUAUUUUGGGUUCUAAAUUUUGAACGUGUAUGCGAAUCAUGAAUUAAACACGUGAUAGGGAGUCUUAAACUUAAACCGAUAACCUCAAUGUUAUUGUUUAUUUUGUUGGAUAUAUUCCUAAGUAUCUAACAAAUAUCCAAUUAAACAAAAGUUUUUUUUUUUAAAUUAGAUAUACUUUGUCGUGUUUACGUUUGAUAAUUGUUCAUUUUGGAUUUGUUAUAUAGUUUGAGAUUACGAAUCGAAAACAUUUCGAGUGAAAAUAUUUUGGGUACUCGGUUAGAACGCGUUUCAUCGCAAUGUUCUUCAAUUAAAUUAAACAUAAUAUAAUCAGUAGUUCGAAAUAUUUGUAGACUAUGAUCUCUUAGGAUCUUCACUUUUAAAAAUGCUAGAAACUUUCUAAUGAUUGUAAAGUGGUAAGGAAGUUGUUUCAUUUAAUAGCCUCACUUUAUAUUUUGGAAAUUUCCAUGAAUUAUCAUAAUCAAAUUGAGUAUAUUGUCAACUUUAUUUUUCACUUUACGCAUGAUAAUUCAAAAACUUACCGCAAAAAUAACCAUUUACAUGACAUUAUUUGAGAUAAGAUUUUCUAGUUUUCUAGCACCAGUGGUACAAUAAUAGAGAUUUUCUAAUUUUUUCACUUAUGACACUAUUUAAGUGUAUGAAGUUUUUUUGAUAGUUUCAGAUUAAUAUGCUGUUUGAAAGUUGAUUAACUUUUAGAUUAUUUGUAAACUCACUUUAUUUAGGCCAGAACUAGCAGUAAAAAACGUUUAAUUUUGUUAAUCAAUCAGUCGAUUUUUAUGAAAAUUUGAAUUCAAGCUCUCCUUACCCUCCAAUUCAAAAUCUACCCAGUGCCGAAGGGUACUUCUCAUUUUUUAGGGGUAAAAACUACCCCAUAUCGUAAAAAAUUUAAAAAUCUUCGAUAUUAGCAUGUAUUUGAGUAAAAUACAAUUUAAAUGAAUCAAUCGUAGUUCUGUUGAUAUUCUCAAACAAGUUUAUGAUUAAUCGGACUCAUGCAACCCCUCCAAAGACCAUUUUCUAAGGGUAGUAAUGUCGAAAGCUUUUUUUAGACACUCAUUAUAAUUUCGAUUUUCAUGAAAAUUUUAAUUCAAGCUCUCCUUACCCUCCAAUUCAAAAUCUACCCUGUGCCGAAGGGUGCUUUUCAUUUUUUAGGGGUAAAAACUACCCCAUAUCGUAAAAAAUUUAAAAAUCUUCGAUUUUAGCAUGUAUUUGAGUAAAAUACAAUUUAAAUGAAUCAAUCGUAGUUCUGUUGAUAUUCUCAAACAAGUUUAUGAUUAAUCGGACUCAUGCAACCCCUCCAAAGACCAUUUUCUAAGGGUAGUAAUGUCGAAAGCUUUUUUUAGACACUCAUUAUAAUCUCGAUUUUCAUGAAAAUUUUAAUUCAAGCUCUCCUUACUCUCCAACUCAAAAUCUACCCUGUGCCUAAGGGUACUUCUCAUUUUUUAGGGGUAAAAACUACCCCAUAUCGUAAAAAAUUUAAAAAUCUUCGAUUUUAACAUGUAUUUGAGUAAAAUACAAUUUAAAUGAAUCAAUCGUAGUUCUGUUGAUAUUCUCAAACAAGUCUAUGAUUAAUCGGACUCAUGCAACCCCUCCAAAGACCAUUUUCUAAGGGUAGUAAUGUCGAAAGCUUUUUUUAGACACUCAUUAUAAUCUCGAUUUUCAUGAAAAUUUUAAUUCAAGCUCUCCUUACUCUCCAACUCAAAAUCUACUCUGUGCCUAAGGGUACUUCUCAUUUUUUAGGGGUAAAAACUACCCCAUAUCGUAAAAAAUUUAAAAAUCUUCGAUUUUAACAUGUAUUUGAGUAAAAUACAAUUUAAAUGAAUCAAUCGUAGUUCUGUUGAUAUUCUCAAACAAGUUUAUGAUUAAUCGGACUCAUGCAACCCCUCAAAGACCAUUUUCUAAGGGUAGUAAUGUCAAAAGCUUUUUUUAAACACUCAUUAUAAUUUCGAUUUUAAUAAAAAUUUGAAUUCAAGUUCUCCUUACCCUCCAAUUCAAAAUCUACCCUGUGCCUAAGGGUACUUCUCAUUUUUUAGGGAUAAAAACUACCCCAUAUCGUAAAAAAUUUAAAAAUCUUCAAUUUUAACAUGUAUUUGAGUAAAAUACAAUUUAAAUGAAUCAAUCGUAGUUCUGUUGACAUUCUCAAACAAGUUUAUGAUUAAUCGGACUCAUGCAACCCCUCCAAAGACCAUUUUCUAAGGGUAGUAAUGUCAAAAGCUUUUUUUAAACACUCAUUAUAAUUUCGAUUUUAAUAAAAAUUUGAAUUCAAGUUCUCCUUACCCUCCAAUUCAAAAUCUACCCUGUGCCGAAGGGUGCUUUUCAUUUUUUAGGGGUAAAAACUACCCCAUAUCGUAAAAAAUUUAAAAAUCUUCGAUAUUAGCAUGUAUUUGAGUAAAAUACAAUUUAAAUGAAUCAAUCGUAGUUCUGUUGAUAUUCUCAAACAAGUUUAUGAUUAAUCGGACUCAUGCAACCCCUCCAAAGACCAUUUUCUAAGGGUAGUAAUGUCGAAAGCUUUUUUUAGACACUCAUUAUAAUCUCGAUUUUCAUGAAAAUUUUAAUUCAAGCUCUCCUUACUCUCCAACUCAAAAUCUACCCUGUGCCGAAGGGUGCUUUUCAUUUUUUAGGGGUAAAAACUACCCCAUAUCGUAAAAAAUUUAAAAAUCUUCGAUUUUAGCAUGUAUUUGAGUAAAAUACAAUUUAAAUGAAUCAAUCGUAGUUCUGUUGAUAUUCUCAAACAAGUUUAUGAUUAAUCGGGCUCAUGCAACCCCUCCAAAGACCAUUUUCUAAGGGUAGUAAUGUCGAAAGCUUUUUUUAGACACUCAUUAUAAUCUCGAUUUUCAUGAAAAUUUUAAUUCAAGCUCUCCUUACCCUCCAAUUCAAAAUAUACCCUGUGCCGAAGGGUGCUUUUCAUUUUUUAGGGGUAAAAACUACCCCAUAUCGAAAAAAAUUUAAAAAUCUUCGAUUUUAGCAUGUAUUUGAGUAAAAUACAAUUUAAAUGAAUCAAUCGUAGUUCUGUUGAUAUUCUCAAACAAGUCUAUGAUUAAUCGGACUCAUGCAACCCCUCCAAAGACCAUUUUCUAAGGGUAGUAAUGUCGAAAGCUUUUUUUAGACACUCAUUAUAAUCUCGAUUUUCAUGAAAAUUUUAAUUCAAGCUCUCCUUACUCUCCAACUCAAAAUCUACCCUGUGCCUAAGGGUACUUCUCAUUUUUUAGGGAUAAAAACUACCCCAUAUCGUAAAAAAUUUAAAAAUCUUCGAUUUUAACAUGUAUUUGAGUAAAAUACAAUUUAAAUGAAUCAAUCGUAGUUCUGUUGACAUUCUCAAACAAGUUUAUGAUUAAUCGGACUCAUGCAACCCCUCCAAAGACCAUUUUCUAAGGGUAGUAAUGUCAAAAGCUUUUUUUAAACACUCAUUAUAAUUUCGAUUUUAAUAAAAAUUUGAAUUCAAGUUCUCCUUACCCUCCAAUUCAAAAUCUACCCAGUGCCGAAGGGUACUUCUCAUUUUUUAGGGGUAAAAACUACCCCAUAUCGUAAAAAAUUUAAAAAUCUUCGAUAUUAGCAUGUAUUUGAGUAAAAUACAAUUUAAAUGAAUCAAUCGUAGUUCUGUUGAUAUUCUCAAACAAGUUUAUGAUUAAUCGGACUCAUGCAACCCCUCCAAAGACCAUUUUCUAAGGGUAGUAAUGUCGAAAGCUUUUUUUAGACACUCAUUAUAAUCUCGAUUUUCAUGAAAAUUUUAAUUCAAGCUCUCCUUACCCUCCAAUUCAAAAUCUACCCUGUGCCGAAGGGUGCUUUUCAUUUUUUAGGGGUAAAAACUACCCCAUAUCGUAAAAAAUUUAAAAAUCUUCGAUAUUAGCAUGUAUUUGAGUAAAAUACAAUUUAAAUGAAUCAAUCGUAGUUCUGUUGAUAUUCUCAAACAAGUUUAUGAUUAAUCGGACUCAUGCAACCCCUCCAAAGACCAUUUUCUAAGGGUAGUAAUGUCGAAAGCUUUUUUUAGACACUCAUUAUAAUCUCGAUUUUCAUGAAAAUUUUAAUUCAAGCUCUCCUUACCCUCCAAUUCAAAAUCUACCCUGUGCCGAAGGGUGCUUUUCAUUUUUUAGGGGUAAAAACUACCCCAUAUCGUAAAAAAUUUAAAAAUCUUCGAUUUUAGCAUGUAUUUGAGUAAAAUACAAUUUAAAUGAAUCAAUCGUAUUUCUGUUGAUAUUCUCAAACAAGUUUAUGAUUAAUCGGACUCAUGCAACCCCUCCAAAGACCAUUUUCUAAGGGUAGUAAUGUCGAAAGCUUUUUUUAGACACUCAUUAUAAUCUCUAUUUUCAUGAAAAUUUUAAUUCAAGCUCUCCUUACUCUCCAACUCAAAAUCUACCCUGUGCCUAAGGGUACUUCUCAUUUUUUAGGGGUAAAAACUACCCCAUAUCGUAAAAAAUUUAAAAAUCUUCGAUUUUAACAUGUAUUUGAGUAAAAUACAAUUUAAAUGAAUCAAUCGUAGUUCUGUUGAUAUUCUCAAACAAGUUUAUGAUUAAUCGGACUCAUGCAACCCCUCCAAAGACCAUUUUCUAAGGGUAGUAAUGUCAAAAGCUUUUUUUAACGACACUUAUAAUCUGGAUUUUCAUGAAAAUUUGAAUUCAAGCUCUACGUACCCUCUUCUACAAAAUCUGCCUUGUGCCGAAUCGAGCUUUUUAUAUUUUGGGGGGUGUUAACUACCCUUUAUUGUGAAAAAAGUUAAAACCUCAGAUUUCAUGCAUGUUUCGUGUAAAAUGAAGUUUAUAUUUAUUAUUCGUAAAUCUGUUGACAUUCUCAGACACCUCUAUGAUCAAUCAGAUUCAUGCAACCCCUCCAAAUCAUCCCCUAAUGUAAAUGAAUUGAGAAUAUUUCGUUGGUAUUUUUAAAAAGUGUUGUUUUUUAAAUAUUCCAACGCUUAUGAAACCCACUUUCAACGACCAAAUUUUUUUUAGAAAAAUAAUAAAAAAACAAAAAUAAGAAUAUUUAAAAAUAUAUUUGAAAAAAAAAAACAGUUGGUUUUUCGACAAUAACUCGCUCAAUUUUCAAGCUAGAAACUUUUUUUAAAAAACAUUUUGUAGGGGAUUUCAAGAACUUCAACGACAUAUCAAUUAAAACUUGUUUCAACCCCUCCAAAGUGCAGCUCAAAGGGGUUGCAUAAGCCACAUUUGAGACGCGAAUGCAAACUAAUCUAAUCAAUUUUUAUGAUACAUAGAUUUAAAAAAACACAAAGUUUUUGACAAGAAAAACCCAACAAUUAAGACUUUUCGAAACGUUCUCUCAUAAUAUGAAUAGUUUUUGGUUUAUUUGAGAAAUAAAUUACGUAAAUACAGUGUUCAGUUUAAUCGAUUACUUUUUCUAAAAUUAACAUUCAAAACCGGUGAAAUCACAUGGGUCACAACAAUAAUACAUAAAUAAAAUUAAUUGCAAGUGGAUUACGAUUAAUUUCGAUUAGGGUGGUAAUGGCAAGGGUAUAAUUAUUACAUUUUUUCAAAAAAGAAAAAACCUUAUUUUUGUUAUAAAUCAGUCAACUCUUAUGCAAAAAACUUUUAGCAGUGCUCAUUUUAAUGGUUUUUCUAAGUGCUUUGAAAAACAUCUGUCGAGUUUUUUCCAUAAGUUUAAUCAAUUUCAAGUUAUUUGAGGUUAAAGGUUUUUAAUUUCGGUGUUCCCCAAAAAUAGCUUCAACGAGCAAUAACUCAGUUAUUAUCGAAUUUACAGAGGUCAUUAAAAAACGAAUCUCUUUGUUUUUUUAUUAGCUACUUUUUUGAUCUGCACGAUUUUGCUGAUAAAAUGAAAACUUAUUAGUAAUUAAUGAAAAACUUUGUGAAAUAAAAGUUGCUUAGUCAAUCUAUCGACCUACGAGGUCGGCUGGUACCCGGCCUAAAAAUCCCCGUUUCUGUACCAAAAAAAAAAAAUACUAAUUUACGUCCACCUUACCAUUUUUGAAAUAUCAAAAUGAAUAGAUUAAAAAAAACUUUGUGAUAUUGUAAUAAAAGUAAGUUUAUAUGAUAAUAUUAUUAUAUUUGGGGUUAUUUUUUUGUAUUGUAUUUAUUCUAGUCCUUUGUUAUCUGUGAAACGUAGCAUUGGUAAAUUUUUGUUUUUGUAAUAUAGCAGCUUCGUUCGCGGUAAAUAAUUUGGACACAAGAAAUCUAAGAUUAUAAUUUGAAUUCAAAACUAGCUAAGAAAAUAAAAUGUAUAUAAUCGACUCGAAGGUUUCGCCAGAUUAAAGAUCCUUGCCCAAGUCCGAGAAUACAUUGAACGUAUUCAGAACACGGAAUUUUAAAUCCUGAACAACACCGCGAACGCACCAUUUCAAACUGCGCAUGAAUCUGGUGACAGAACAUGUUCAGGAUAUUUACCGCGAACAAAGCUAGUGCUUUUAAAGUCUUAUAAAACUAUAAAGUAAUUAGAUUAAGGCUGUGAAAUUCCCUGUUUUUUUUUAAUUAAUCAAUUAUAAUAUGAAAAUGUAAACAAUUUAUAUCAUAGGUACAUUGAGUCACUAUUGGUUUCUUUAUUACGAAUUUCAAUUUUUUACUUUAUUUAACUUGUUUUAUCACUAUUAUUAAAUGUUUUUGAAACAGUGGGUUAAAUAUGAUACCUUGCGGAACCCAACUUUAACGCUUACGAGGGUUGCUACUCCAGUUUUGAGACAGACAAACACAAAUUUUUAUAAUUAUUGGAUAUGGCUUCAUAGUUUUUUAAAAUACCCAUUGAGGUACCUCCAAAACGCGUGAUUUGAAUGCAUCAAUCGCUUCUUUAGGGUUUGACUUCUCAAUUUAUUUUCGGGAAUAAAAAUAAAUCAUCUGAAUUACCAAUGUAUUCGAUGUUUUCGCCGUUCAAAACGUUAUUGUUUGAACUGAUGUGUGAAAACUCGUAUUGUCGUGAUGGAGAAUGAUUCGGUUUUUUCGAACACGUCUUUUCAAGCACCGCGAUUGAAUUUUUUCAGCACUUCCUUGCACCAUUUGAGCUUUAUUGAGCGAUUAUCAAAUUAUGCUGUGUAUCCAACGCGAAAAAAUCUGUUUGACAGCCAAAUAUUCAUAAUGUAAUUCAUAAUACGUCACGUGAUAAUCUGGUAAUAUCCGUUCACGCGAAGCAUCGAUGUUUUCUGGCACAACACCCGAUUCAUCCUGUAGGGAAGUACGACCACGAUUGAACUAUAAAAACCAGAAAUACACGUUCUGAGUACGUUCGAUAUUUAUGAACGCAACGUCUGAUUUGACAUAUUCACAUCAGUUUUGCCAUAACUUCGUAGCAACCCUCGUAUGAAUUGUGGUUAGUUUUUAUGUUGGAGUAACUUGUUUCGAGUUGUUAAUAAUCUUGGACUUGCUUAAGCAAUAAUUAAGUACAAAAAUGUGUUUAUUAGAUAUUUAAGUGUUUUAAUUUGUGUUCAAUUAGUUUUAAAUAUUUUUUUUUGGUCAAAAAGUUUACAAGUGCUAUAAACGUGAAAUUAAUGUUAGAAAAUUGAUUUGAUUUUUGAAAAAAUAACCCCAUAGUGAUAAAUAAGAAGGCAGUAAGAUUUCAUAAUAGAGUUAUAAAAAAGGAAUAUUUUCGUGCUUUUUUUUUGAUAUUACAAUUAUAUUGAAAGGAAAUAAACUGCCUUUGGUGUAUGUAUAUUAGGAAAAAAAAUAUAUUUUGUUAAAAUUGACUUUUUGUUGAUUGUUUUGAAAAUUUAUUGAAAAAAUUGAAAAUAAAGAUGCCUUAAAUAAAAACUAAUGAUCAUUGUUUUAAUUAUACCUCAAUUAUUGGUUUCGAAGUUAACAUUACCUCGAGAAAAAAUUUCUACACCUGAAGAAGCGGUCAAAUCAAAAACUGUGGAGCCAUAUUCAAUUAUAAAUAUUUGUUUUUAUUUGUCUAGCUCAAAACUUAAGUAGCAACCCUCGUAUAUUAAAAUUUAUAAAAUCAUAAUCGAGAAAAUAUCGAUCCAUUUAGUAUCCAACUGAUUACUUAAUAUUUCUUCUUCUUUUUUGCAUUCGACUUUACUUCUAAUUCAGGCGGUCGUCUAGUUUAAUUCGAAUCGAAUAUCAGCUAAAAUCGAAUCUUAAUUUGCUUCUGUUACUAACGCCGAAAUCCGAAUAAAUCGAAUCGCCAAUAUUCACCCAAAAUUGGAUACGUUCAUAAUAACUUGACAUACAAAGUUUUGGACAUUUUUUCAAAUGCAUAUUUCGCACGAACAAUGUUAAAUUCAAUUCAACAUGGAUUACCGUUCAUUAAGUACUAUUAAAACUAGAGGAAGAUAUUAAAGUUUGUCCAAGUAGGGCCCAACUACUGAUAGAGAGAAAUAACAUCGGUAUUACACUCUACUUCAUUCUGAUUCGAUAUUUAAUAUCAUUCUUAUGCAUAGAACACCAAUCAGAAAAUAAUAGAAAGAUAUCUUUAUUAUCAGCUCUAUGUUUGUAAAGUGGUAUAUUUCGUUGCCCCAAUCUUCCCUACCAAAUAUUUUAUGAUCGCGAAUAGUGACGUUACCUAUGACGUAUUUAUUUCUCGCGAAUACUAAGGGCCUUAGAUUGAACGAUAUAUCAGCUGAUUUCCAUUUACAUUCAAGUGAACUGAGACACUCAUUUCUUACCUACGGGAUUGUAAAGUAGUUUAUUUCUUUGCCCCAAUCUUCCCUACCAAAUAUUUUAUGAUCGCGAAUAGUGACGUUAUCUAUGACGUAUUUAUUUCUAGCGAAUACUAAGGGCCUUAGAUUGAUCGAUAUAUCAGCUGAUUUCCAUUUUACAUUCAAGUGAACUGAGACACUCAAUUACGUGAGUUAAUAUUCUUAAUGACUAUGUAAAAUUCAACAUUAUCAUCUGUUACCCACAGGGAAAAAAUUGAUGACACGAUCUGACAACGUGAUGUCCUCAACCUCACUUUCAAUCUGAGUUCACGAAACUCAAGCUUAUGCAGAUUGCUGGUCAGUUGGUAUGGGAAAAGGGUAGUGGUAAGGGAAAGCAUACUGCGCAUGCUUGAGAAUGAGAACCGAGCUGAAAUCUAGGAGGAUAGAGAAGGUGUGUUGAACUGAGUUAUGACUUCAUAAGUGAGAAUAAUCUGAGUUUUGAUGUAAAUGGAAAGCAGCUAAUAUACUGAAGCUUCCAGUAAAUAAUGAUUAGAGAUAAUGCUUAGAAAUUAAUUUUGCAAAAGUGUCCUAAUCAAACGAAUGGAAUAGUACUUGAAAAAUAAUUUAGUUUACAUUAUGUUGGUCAUAGUGAAUUAUAAUUAUAAGUAACCAUAAACAAAAUUUUGAGAUAAAUAUUUCUAAUGUUGAUAGAUAAUAAAAAGUCUGCUUCGAAUGUUUGCUGCUAUAGAAUUUUCGAGAUAAUUUUUAAAAUUAGAAUAUUUUAUCGGGUUUAUCAUUGUUUGUAACCACAUAUUUAUAAUUAAACCAAUAUUUUG